AUGGCUCGGAUAUUUAUUACCGGUUCCAGCGAUGGCAUCGGCCUGGCUACGGCCAAGAUACUCGCCGACCAGGGCCAUUCGGUCGUGCUCCAUGCUCGAAACGCAGACCGCGCGGUCUCAACCCGCAAAGCUGUCCCCAGGGCUGAAGCGGUUCUGGUAGGCGACUUGCGACGCAUCUCGGAGACCAAAAGACUCGCAGAGGAAGCCAAUGCCUUAAGCAACACCCCCUUCGACGCUGUUCUCCACAACGCAGGCAUUGGCUACGGGUCGACGUCCAGCCGCGAGAUCACAGCGGAUAAGAUCUCGGCUGUGUUUGCGGUCAACACGCUGGCGCCGUACAUCCUUACCUGCUUGAUGCACAAACCCAGGUCGCGUCUCCUUUUCCUGAGCUCCGACAGCCACUACGGCGGCGACGAGACCCUGAGAAACGCAACACAGUCGCACUCGUACAGCGACAGUAAAUUACAGGAUACGAUGCUGGCGAACGCCUUCGCCCGGCACUGGCGCGAUCUCCAGGUGGUGAGCAUGCACCCGGGCUGGGUGAGGACCAAAAUGGGCGGCAUGAUGGCGCCUGGAGGAACGGAUAGACCCGCCAGGACACUGGCGGAGUGGGCUGUUGGACAGGGCAGGUUCGCGAACUUGAAGAGCGGGUCGUUCUUCACGACGAGCGGGCCGGAGUCGAUGCAUCCCGGGGCCCAAAACGGGAGCAAGCAGGAGGAGUUGCUAGGCAUUUGCAGGGACGUUUCCGGGGUAUCUGUUCCGGAUUAA